CCUUCCUCCCCCAGCGCCUCGCGCUCGCCUCGCUUGCCACACGCCCGGCCUCUUUCCCCUUCCAAUGGCGGACACAAUGAGCCGGGCCGGCGCCCGCUGCCCCUGAGGCCCUCGGCCCGCGGAGGAGCGUCGCCGGGCCGGAGGGCAGGGCGAGCCCGUAGCCCAGCGCCGGCCGCUCCCUUCGUGCGGCUCCUCGCCUUCCGGUCUCGCGGGGGUCGCGGCCCGCCGCGCCCCGCCGCCCUCGCCGCCCUCGCCAUGAAGCUGACGGACAACGUGCUCAGGAGUUUCCGCGUCGCCAAGGUGUUCCGGGAGAAUUCGGACAAGAUCAAUUGCUUCGAUUUCAGUCCGAACGGCGAGACGGUCAUUUCCAGCAGCGACGACGACUCUAUCGUCUUGUAUGACUGUCAGGAGGGCAAACCAAAGAGAACACUAUACAGUAAGAAAUAUGGAGUGGACCUCAUCAGAUAUACUCAUGCUGCAAACACCGUGGUGUACAGCUCAAACAAAAUCGAUGACACAAUCCGAUACCUGUCUUUGCAUGAUAAUAAAUACAUCAGAUACUUUCCUGGUCACAACAAGAGGGUAGUGGCUCUAUCCAUGUCUCCAGUAGAUGAUACAUUUAUCUCUGGAUCUCUCGACAAAACCAUCCGACUUUGGGAUCUCCGUUCUCCCAACUGCCAGGGUCUUAUGCAUCUCCAGGGAAAGCCUGUAUGCUCCUUUGAUCCAGAGGGAUUGAUUUUUGCUGCAGGAGUCAAUUCUGAAAUGGUCAAAUUAUACGAUCUUCGUUCCUUUGACAAGGGGCCAUUCGCCACUUUUAAGAUGCAGUAUGACCGAACCUGUGAGUGGACGGGCCUGAAGUUCAGCAAUGAUGGGAAACUCAUCCUUAUAUCCACCAAUGGUAGCUUCAUCCGCUUAAUUGAUGCUUUCAAAGGAGCAGUGUUACAUACCUUUGGGGGAUAUAACAAUGGCAAAGCUGUCACACUGGAAGCUUCAUUCACUCCGGACUCCCAGUUCAUUAUGAUUGGCUCAGAGGAUGGGAAGAUCCAUGUCUGGAAUGGGGAGAGUGGAAUGAAGGUGGCUGUGUUGGAUGGAAAACACACAGGGCCGAUAACCUGUCUGCAGUUUAAUCCCAAAUUUAUGACCUUUGCCAGUGCAUGUUCCAACAUGGCAUUUUGGCUGCCCACCAUUGAUGACUGACUGAUCCUGGCACUGGUUGGCAACAUCUCCGCCUUCAGCAGCAGAAACCAGUACUUGCAGGAACAGUAGAGAACUUAGUGUCGGGAUUGGAUUGGUCUCGAGCUGAAGCGCAUAGUCCUUCCCACAUGUGUCGCCGAACGUUGUUUAUUAUAGAACAUGCUGUUGGUUGGGUUUCUUUUUUUUUUUUUUUUUUAAAAAAAACAAAAACAAAAAACAAAUUUCCCUGGCUGCAUCCUUCUAAAAGACCCUCGGUGCUACAGGCCAGAAGCUCAACCCAGACUUUCCACCCACCAUGAACCGGGCUUCUGAGGUGGCUAAUGGUGCAGCAUGAAUGACCCUGUCACUGAAACCUCAAGAACGCCUUUGCUGGUUUGGAUUGUAUUGGCUGCUUUGGAAACCAUAAAAUCUUCCCUCAGCCCAUAUCUUCUUUUCUCUGUGAUUUACUUGGGAGAUCACCAAAGUUUUGUUUCAAGAUGGCAGAAUUCAGCCUUCUCACUACCAGGUCUCCACAGCGUUGCUGUGCUUUUGCUCCCUAAUCAUCCCAUUUCUUCAGUGCCAAAUAUUCAUCCAGAACAAACCAGUUUUUUUAAUUUGACUGUCAGAAAGGCAAAGGGAAACUUGCUGGGAACUGAGUGGCUUGGAAACCACAGAACAGUUUCAUCAAUUGCCCCUAAUGUCAGAGGGCGGAGGCCAGAGAGCUGAAGAGGCAGCCAGGCGUCACAAGCAAUAAAGGCAUCUUUUCAGCAAUAUGAGCGGCUCCAUUGUACUUGGGUGAUGACUCUUUGAGGAAUAAAUGGACACAACCUAAACCUGAGGCCCCAAAGUUGUCUUCUGUGCUACCGACUUUUUCUUGUAAAUACAGUGAGAUAGGAUGGGAUCCUAUUUUUCUACCUUUAGAUAAUCGAUUACAAUUAGUGUGGGCCAGUAUUGUGAACUGAGUCUGAAUUGUUUACACAGAUGCCGCUUUCUUCUCCUCCUCCUCCUGUAAAAAGUUCACAUUUAAUCCAUCCUGUCCUCUAAGUGUACUACCCCCCAGUUGAUUUUAAGCUUGUAAUAUAUUUUUGAGUUGAGGGUAGUAGCUUGCCUUUUUAUACAAAACAUUUUUAUUUCUGCUUGGUUGGCCGACACCAUAAGCAUGCCUUCCUUUUUAACAUGAUGUAUUUGCUUUUUCAAAAUCCUGUGUUAAACUGAUGUUUAUAAUCCAUUAGACUUGCCUGGGUCUUAACCUUCCUACCGUGACAUUCAGACAGAUGCAUAGCAGCCAAAUUUGCACUCCCCUCCUGCUUCCCACCCCCAAUCAGCAGCAGGGAGGAAGCAAGGUUCAUCUGGUCAGAGACAACCCCUCUCCUGUGCAGCCUCCAAAGGGACAAAACCACUUGUCCUUUGGUCAGCUAGAGCGACCCUAGACUCGAGAAUCCCUCUUAUGGAGUCACACUGGCCACCUGAAAGGUGAAUCUUUGGAAAGGGUUGAGUGGGAUGUGGGAUACCCUAAAUGAAACCUCCCUCUCCCUGGGCCCCUAGUGCAAUUGCAUUGGCAUACUUCUGUAAUAGUAGUGAUAGUAAUAUUUAUUAAGCGCUUACUGUGUGCAGAGCACGGUACUAAGCACUGGGAAGUAAUUGGGGGUGGGGGGGGGCGGGGGGCGGGCAAUUAGACGCGUCUGCUCCUGUAUUCAAGUUAUUUUUUUAAAGAAGGCAACAGCUGCUGAAGUGGGGGGACAGGGCUCUUUUAGAGGAGGUGAGAGAGCCAACGGUGUCAUUACUUAGGGGUGCUGGCACAAGUGUUAAAAGAGGUCUUCCACCCCUUCCCCCCACCUUGUAAUUUUUCCCCUUUGCGGGGAGUCUGAGCAAUAGCAAAGAAUGAUGUGUUGAUUAAAGCCAUUUACCAGGGAGAGCAAACUUCUCCUAAGGAGAACAGAGGCCACCUGCUACUGCCACAAGCCUGGUCUGACUUGAAACAUUUCUGUAGGUAGAAGAUGGGGCCCUAGGGGAGCAACUUUUUGGCAUUCCCUAAACCUACCCUUCUGGACCUUCAUUAUUUCUCUGCUUUAUUAUUGGGCUCUGUCUAUUCUCCUAUGAUCUGAUGAAAAACGACUGCAUGAUAGCAUCUGAGAAACAGUACGCUUUUAAGGCUUUCGAUUCCAAAAACCAGAUUUUAUAUAAUAAACUGUAUACAAUUAA